AUGACAGCUAAGCAUCUGCUCCUUCCCUUCCUUCUGGCCUGCCUGUGGUUCCUGGCUGUCUACUGUCACCUGGCUGAGGAAGAGAAAUGGAGUAAGGACUGGGGUCUGGGAAGAAACUCUACUAUGAACCUGCCUGAUUUUCCUUCAGUCUCCAUCGUGGCACUGAACAAAAAAUCCAAGAAGAUCAUCAGGAAAGAGACAGAAACCAAGAAAUCCUCUGAGAAAAAGGCCCUGGUGAAGAAGAAUCCGCAGCCCCCACCUCCAGCCAACUGUGUGGCCAACUGGGCCAACUGCCAGCCCCUGGCGUCACCCUGCUGCCACCCAUGCGCUAUAUGCCACUGCCGCUUCUUCCGCAGCGUCUGCUCCUGCCGCCUGUUCCGGCCCAACUGCUGA